AGAGCCAAGGCCCCUCCCUCCCCAGUCCUGUCCUUGCUUUGGGGUCUCUCCUGCAAGGGCUGCCUCGCUGUCCCCUCCUGGGAUCUGGUGAGUCUCCUCUCUCUCCCCCCAGAGGGUGCAGUGGGGAGACGGGGGGGGGUCCCAGGGCUGCAGCAGGGGAGGAUGCCUGGGGGGCCUGAUCCGGGAGGGGCCAGGUCUGCCACGCUCUCCUUCCUGGAGAUCUCAGGAUCCCAAACUCAUUUGGCCCUCCCCCCCCUUUAAGAAAAAAUCUCCCUUUUUAAAACAAAGGAGUCCCAGGGACUUUAACUCUGUGUGACAUCGCUUGGCCUCAUUGCACAACAGAGGAAACAUGUGCAAAUGGUUUUCCAAAGCUGGACGAGGAGGUGGACUAGCCCCCCCCCCCCAAAAAAAGAACAACGGGGAGGAAGGACGUUAAGGUGGGAAAGAAAGGCCAGGGAUAAAGAGAGGGAUCCCAGCCCAUAGUCUGGCCACUGCAUUGGGGAGCAGUUUCCCAGUGUCUCCAAGGGCAGCUCCACACGGCCACGGCAGCCAUCCCCUUGCACCCAGAGCAUGGCAUCCCAGAACCACAUCCUCUCUGCCCCAAAGGGAUUAUUGCUGGAAAACCACCUGGAAAUCGGCGCUCCUACUCACUGAGCCUCCAGGGACCUUGGCAUCAGUGGCUGUGUGUGUGUUAAUAAUAAUAAUAGGAAGAAGAAUAUAAGAAUAAAAAAUUACCCUCCUAAAUUUCAAGGGAGAUGUCUUUGGCCCUGCCCACUUGGCCCUCAGGGGGUUGAUCAGAUACAUACCUGGCCCUCAGAGCAAAAAAAAGGGGACCCCACCCCAGAAGUCUAUUCUGAGAGUGGCAGAGAGUCCAAGUGCAAGAAAAGGAGACGGAAGCAGCGGAGUGGGUGUAGGUGUGGGGGGCAACUCCUGAGGACCCCCACUAGAGCCAAGCAUCCAUUUUUCACAAGAUAGAAACAACUCGUUUGUCAGUAGGUUCCGACGUCAUCAAUUGACUGGAAGGAUGGGGAAACCAGGUUGAUUAAUCUCUCAGAAAUCCGUUCAGUUGCCUCCACAUUUUGCAUUGCUAGAAGGCUAGAGACUUGUUUCUUCUCUUUCAAAAAGAUAGCUCAUGGUCUGGGAUGUGGUGCAGUCAUGCUUGCUCAGGGAACCAUUUCCCCUCCUGUCCUACAAAUUCUGUAACAGAACAAUGUAUUUGCUUUGUAGGAUUUGCUAGAGCUUCUCAUUUAGACAGACAGAACUUGGCAGAAGACCAAAGGGUUCCUUCCGAUCUCUCAGAGGCUUCCUGAGAGCACAGAUGGAUGAGCAAGACUCGGCUGGCCCUGAAGCAGGAAGAGGCCAUGCCAGCCAAACUGGGAGCAGUGGGGGAUUCUGGGAAAACUCUGUGCAGAAGAUCCAUGGUGAGGUGGACACCCUCCGCUCAGAGGUGCAGAGCCAGCAGUUGAGGCAGUUCUGCUGCCAGGAGGCCAAAGGACCCCGAGAGGUUUGCAGCCGACUCUACCACCUUGACCAUCAGUGGCUGAAGCCAGAAAGGCACACGAAAGCUGAGAUGCUGGACCUGGUGAUCUUGGAGCAGUUCUUGGCUGUCCUUCCCCUGGAGAUGGAGAGCUGGGUGAGGGACUGCGGAGCGGAGACCAGUUCCCAGGCGGUGGCCCUGGCCGAAGGUUUCCUCCUGAGUCAGGCAGAGGAGAGAAAGCAGGUGAGAGAGACUUUCCUCUGGAUACUCCCAAGGGGCUCCAAACAGGACAGAGAACAUCCCAUAAUGCUCUGCUGAUGGCCCAUCCUUUUCCUGGGAAAGCAUCCAUGGAAUGAGAUCUCACACCCUUCAAGUCUUUGUCAUUCUCUUUCUAGUAUUUCUCCCCAUUCUCUGGUUUGAAUCAUUGUGUUUUUUUUCAGGGAAAGGAUCUCUUUGCAGAAAUGGACCUGGAUUCCUGUGAGGCAGAGAGGCCUCCGUUGGACACCAGAGAGAGGCCACUGGGUAAGGAGGAAGGUGGUUUUUCUCCACUGGUCUCAUUCUGUUGGUUUUCCAACUCAUCUGAGGGUUUUUUAAUCUUGUUUUGGGGAUAGAUGGUUGGGAAUAAGGGUCCAGAGGAGGGGAGAUGUAUUUCUGCACAAACAAACAUAUGAAAUGGGCACAAACCUCCAAAUACUCUCAGUAGGUAAGUCCUUCUCAAAGGCCCAUCUGUAGUUAGAGAUGCCCUGUUUCACCUGUGAGAGAAGCCGGCACUCCUGGUGUCCUGCUUACCUUUUUUCUCUUGCAGGUGGCAGAAGGAUGCCAGCAAGACCUCCUGAUCCGCCUUUUCAUGGGGGCAGAAGGGAAGCAGCGGCUGUGGAACCAGAUCAGGUCAGGGGAAGCUGCCUUGUGGCGACAGAGACCGAGGGAUGGAGCAAUGUCAUGGACUGGUUGGGCACAGAGGAAUGGUGGGAGGAUGCAACUGGGGAACCAGGAAGGAAGAUGGCUGAGAGCCCAAGAAGUAGAGGUGAAGAAGGAUGGGUGGUCAGAGGGGGAAGAGGGAGAAGCCUGGGAAGAGGAGGUGUCAGAAGCUGAAGGGGAAACAGAGCUUAGUGAGCUGGGAGACUCUGUGGCAGAAUGCAGUGCAGAAUCAGAGGCAGAAGAGGAAGGAGGCAAGUGGGAGAGGAAGGUCGAGAGGCUGAUGUGAGUCAGGAGAAGGAGGAGCCACCGGUGGCUCCCUCUCCUUUUGCCAGAAGCCACCCUCCCUGCUUGUCUCUCAGAGCCAGGAGACCCCCUGCAAUGCAGGAAUCUCUGCUAGAUCAUCCAAGACAGAUGACCAUUCAAAAUAGGCUUAUUUUAUUUCUAGAUUGAUCACUGAAUGCUAAAAUUGUUUUCUAAGCAGUGGACAAAUGAGAACAAAUAGUGGCCUGGAUUCACCUAACCAGCCCCAUCGGCUGCAAAAUGGGGCCUGCCUCCCAUUCCUCCCCCUCCCCAUUCCUCCAUGAAUCCCUUGAAUUUGGCUCUAGGGCAUUGGGAGGGAACUCCCCAGAAGAGCUCACGAGGAGAAGAGAAUGUGGAUCCUUCCAUUGGGGAAACUGGAAUGCUUGCCUAGGCAGAAUGACUUGAAUAACACAAGGUGGACUACAACCUAUUUGCACAAAAACGAAUACCCAUAAUUAAAAUGCAGAGUAAAAUAAGCAUCCAUAAAUAAAAUGUGCAGCAAAGCAAUCCUAUUGAAACAACACUGCAAUUUACAGGAAGGAAACAACAGAGCAUUGUGUAGCAGAUCAUAUUUCUGCUGUCUCAGAGGAGGACAUUUCCCUUUUUCUUUUAGGGUCCAGUGUGCUUUGAAGAUGUCGCUGUUCGUUUCACGGACGAGGAGUGGACGUUGCUGGAUCCUAACCAGAGAGCUCUGCAUAAGGACGUCAUAGAGGAGAAUUGUGGGAUCGUGGCCUCUCUUGGUAAGGCUCCCUGUGGGAUCGUCAUAUCUGCCUGGAAAUUCAAAAAAUACCUCUAUGGACCAACCUCAUAUAUUUUCACAGAGCUCAACAGCGCCCCCUACAACACCUGGGAACCUAACACCCCCACAAUAAAGAGUAAAUUACAGUUUUUUCUUUGAACAGCCUUCCUCAAAUUAUUCCUUUUUCUACCACGAUUGGGCUGGUCUCAACUGCCCAGGCCAUCUUAAAUGUCAGCUUCAGAAUUGUUAGGAAAGAUAAGUAGCUUCAGGUUUUCCGCUUUUGUUUUUGCUGCUGUCAGUCUUGGGUUGACCAAAGAGACGACUGACAUUGGAGAUGGAGGGGAUGCCAUGACUGGGCCAAGCAAAAUUCAUCCCAGAGAAGAGCUAGACUUAUUGAAUUUCAGGUAGAAGUAGCAGUGGUGGUGGUGGUGAUGAUGAUGAUGAUGAUACAGUGGUACCUCGGUUUACAAACUUUCCGGAACAGGACUAUUCUUAAAUCAAGGUACUGUAGUAAUAAUAAUAAUUUAUAUUUAUACCCUGCCCAUCUGGCUGGGUUGCCCCAGCCACUCUGGGCAGCUUCCAACACACAUAUAAACAUGAAACAUAAAUAAUAAUAAUCUGAUUCCAUAUAAAAGAACAUUAACUUUAAAAUGAACAACUUCUCCUAGUGGCCGAAAUUGUGGAAACCUUUUGUGAAAAGUGUAUUUCUGAGGUUUGAUGGCUCAUAACACCACUUUUGUGUGGAGUAAUACCAUAAAAUUAUAUAGCAAUGGAAAGAUAAUUUAAUGAAGAAUGUAAUGCGAUGAAUUUUAUGAAGGAGUAUUUAUUACAACAGCAGUCAUAAAGAAAAAACGUGAAACCUUUGGUAACCAUUGGUAACCUUUAGCUUUAAUUACGGCCUUACAAUGCCUUCCCAUGAAGUGAACCAAGUUUUUAGUUCUGCAGCUGUAAUAAUGUGAAACCAAGACUGAAUUAUUGGCUCUGUUAAUUGGGCUUUAUUGCUGGGUUGCUUCUGAAUAACAAGUUUCUUUAGUCGGCUCCAUAGAUUUCUGAUUGGGUUAAAGUGUGGGCUAUUCCCAGGCCAUUCCAGCAGUGAAAUAUCAUUAUCUUGAAUACACCUUUUGCACACAGCAGCAACACGACAUAGAGCUGAAUCCUGUUGAAAAUAUAUAAAUGCUUAGGUAUCUGGGAAAAGAUCACCUGCGGAACACUUCAGUUUGGGCUCACAUAUUUCGUUUAUGCAUUUUUCCGCAUUUAUAUUCCCAUUAAUGACUCAAAUUCUGCCCACACCUUUUGCUGCCAUACAACCCCAGAUCAUCACACUGUCUGGGUGUUUCACGGUCAGUGUAAUGCAAGUAGGAUGUAAAUGUUAUCUGAUUCUUCUCGGGUAUUUCAUGCCAUCACUACCAAGCAAGGAGAUUUGGGUCUCAUCGCUCCAAAUAACACCGCCCCAUUGUUCCACUGUCCAGUUAACAUGGGUUUCAUCUUUUCAACCUUUGCUUGAGAGAUAACAAUGGCUUUUUCUUAGAAUUCUAAUUUAGACCAGUCCCUGCACUCAGCUUCCCAUUACAUUGCGCCAUGUCAUCUUGUAUACACCCAGAUGAUUUUCUUCUGUCAUGUAGGCACAGUCUCUCCACUCAUCCAUCGUCACUUUUGUAGUGACUGAGUCUCCUUAUACCUCUUCAAAAAUAUAGAAAGGCCAACUUUGGUUAAGUUUUCCCCAAUCUCUCUUCUAAUUUCUUCAUAACUGUAGCCUUGCUCACUUAAUAGUACAAUCUUACAUCACUUUCUGGGGACCACUCAACUCCUUGUGCCAUUUCUAUAAUUUUAUUAUGUCUUACACCCUCACUAAAUGAAAAAACACAAAAAACCAACCAACUUGAUGGCAAUCACAUAACACACUAAAAGUCAACCAAAGCAGGUUGUGCUUCCUUUUUCUGGUUAUUUGGCUAUAACGUUUGAUAGAAUACGGGUAAUUGAACAAACUUUGUUGGAUUGCAUUCUUGAUUGCAUUUUUGAUCAAAUUAUCUUUCCAUUGAUAUAUAAUUUUAUGACAUUACUCCAAAUGAAGUGGUGUUAUAAGCCAUCAAAACUCUGAAAUACACUUUUUUCCAAAAGUCUUUCACAAUUUUGACCACUGCUUUAUAUAAACAAAGCAACAUUCAACAACUCAUCCGAAUCUCAUAUUAAACAAACAACACAGGUAAUGAACACACACGCAACUCCCUUCAGUUCUUCUCCAAUUGUUCCUGAGGCUCUAAUCCCUUUUUGUCCCCAAUGCAGAUUGUUAUGAAUUGGAAAUCGAGAACAAAGGUGACCACGAAAAAAUCCCCAGAGAGGAGAAGCCACAAAAAAAUUUGGAGUAUGGAGAAAGCUGCAGUCAGAGCUCCAAUUCCACUUCCCAUCAACAAAAUCUCAUUGAAAAGAAACUCUAUCAGUGUGUGGAAUGUGGAAAGCACUUCAGUCAGAACUCCAAUCUCACUUCCCAUCAAAGAAUUCAUACAGGGGAGAAACCCUGUCAGUGUGUGGAAUGUGGAAAGAGCUUCCGUCAGAGCUCCCAUCUCACUUCCCAUCAAAGAAUUCAUACAGGGGAGAAACCCUAUCAGUGUGUGGAAUGUGGUAAGAGCUUCACUCAUAGCUCCUCUCUCACUUCCCAUCAAAGAAUUCAUACAGGGGAGAAACCCUAUCAGUGUGUGGAAUGUGGAAAGAGCUUCACUCAUAGCUCCCAUCUCACUUCCCAUCAAAGAAUUCAUACAGGGGAGAAACCCUAUCUGUGCGUAGAAUGUGGAAAGAGCUUCAGUCAGAGCUCCAAUCUCACUUCUCAUCAAAGAAUUCAUAAAGGGGAGAAACCCUAUCAGUGUGUGGAAUGUGGAAAGAGCUUCACAUGUAGCUCCACUCUCACUUCCCAUCGAAGAAUUCAUACAGGAGAGAAACCCUAUCAGUGUGUGGAAUGUGGAAAGAGCUUCACUGAUAGCUCCUCUCUCACUUCCCAUCAAAGGAUUCAUACAGGGGAGAAAGCAUAUCAGUGUGUGGAAUGUGGAAAGAGCUUCACUCACAGCCACAGUCUCACUUCCCAUCAAAGAAUUCAUACAGGGGAGAAACCCUAUCCGUGCGUAGAAUGUGGAAAGAGCUUCACUCAUAGCUCCCAUCUCACUUCCCAUCAAAGAAUUCAUACAGGGGAGAAACCCUAUCCGUGCGUAGAAUGUGGAAAGAGCUUCAGUCAGAGCUCGUCUCUCACUUCUCAUCAAAGAAUUCAUAAAGGGGAGAAACCCUAUCAGUGUGUGGAAUGUGGAAAGAGCUUCACUCAUAGCUCCCAUCUCACUUCCCAUCAAAGGAUUCAUACAGGGGAGAAAGCAUAUCAGUGUGUGGAAUGUGGAAAGAGCUUCACUCACAGCCACAGUCUCACUACCCAUCAAAGAAUUCAUACAGGGGAGAAACCCUAUCAGUGUGUGGAAUGUGGAAAGAGCUUCAGUCAGAUCUCCACUCUCACUUCCCAUCGAAGAAUUCAUACAGGAGAGAAACCCUAUCAGUGUGUGGAAUGUGGAAAGAGCUUCACUGAUAGCUCCUCUCUCACUUCCCAUCAAAGGAUUCAUACAGGGGAGAAAGCAUAUCAGUGUGUGGAAUGUGGAAAGAGCUUCACUCACAGCCACAGUCUCACUUCCCAUCAAAGAAUUCAUACAGGGGAGAAACCCUAUCAGUGUGUGGAAUGUGGAAAGAGCUUCACAUGUAGCUCCUCUCUUACUUCCCAUCAAAGAAUUCAUACAGGGGAGAAACCCUAUCAGUGUGUGGAAUGUGGAAAGAGGUUCAGUCAGAGCUCCAAUCUCACUCAGCAUCAGAGAAUUCAUACAGGGGAGAAACCCUAUCAGUUCGUAGAAUGUGAAAAGAGUUUUACUGAUAGCUCCAGUUUCACUAGGCAUCAGAGACUUCAUACAGGGGAGAAACCCUAUCAGUGUGUGGAAUGUGGAAAGAGCUUCAGUCAGAGCUCCUAUCUCACUUCCCAUCAAAUAAUUCAUACAGGGGAGAAACCUUAUCGGUGUGUGGAAUGUGGAAAGAGCUUCACUGUUAACUCUAAACUUACUUCCCACCAAAGAAUCCAUACAAAGGUCAGAAAAACCAUUAUACAGCUUUAGGAGCCAGGCAAAUCCGCACCUUUUUAACCAGGCCUUUUUCUUAUUGACAUCUAAUGCUAAUUUACCACGUGAUGUUUUGUGUUUUUAUGUUGUGUUUUUAUGUUCUAAGCAUUCUGAGACUUGUGGGUGUAGGGAAUACAGCCACUCUUAAAUUCCUAGGGGUUUUUGCCUCCCAUAAAAUAUAUGUGUUUGCUUGGUACAUUUAUAUGCCUUCGUGUAAAUCUUAAGAGACUUGCAUGUCAGGCCUCUUAAGGCUAUUUGCCAGUGUAGCAGUGCACAUAGCUGGACAUAGGAUAUCACAUAAAAAAUAACACGUUGCAUUUUGUACUAAAUUACUUGUGGCAUACUUGCAGUUUGGGAGAAACAUUCUCAAUAGUGGUCUAUGCUUUACACUUAGCGAGAAGGUCAAAUAAUGAGUGAAAAAUGCAGUUUGUUUUGUUUCUGCCUUUUUUGUGUGUUCCCAGGUGUCAAAGCUAGCUCUCGUCUGGUUUCACACCUCCAUCAUAUUACAGCAGCAACAAUCCCUGGUGAAUCCCUGUAGGGCUUUCAUAUUGACCAUGUCACCUUGUAGUGGCACAGGUUUGGACAUUUCUUGAGAGAGAUGUCUUUGCCUUGGUCUUUCUAUGGGAUUUUUAUUAUAAUAGGCUCUGGUCUUCCACUCUACGGAAGUUGCUCAGUUGUUCCUAAGGGACCAAAAAGCUAAUUGCAGCCUGGAUACACUUGCCCAAUUCCAACGGAGUCAAAUUAGAAUUUAUAUAGCCCCAUGGCUCGCCGAUGUGGAGUUCCAGCCCCACCUGGUGGCGGCGGUCGGCCUGGACCUUGUACGCAUCCUUGGCCUGGUGCAGUUGCUCCAUCAAUAGUUGGUGCUGAGACUGGAGCUCCUGGAACCAAUCUGUAAGCAGAUGCUGGCAGCACGUCCAGGAACAAACGCGGAUGGUAACCGUCCAUGGCCUGAAACAGGGUCUGCUCGGUGGAGGCGUUCACCGCGUUGUUGUAAGGGAAUUCCUCCAAUGCCAAGUGGUUGACCCAGUCUGGAGGUACUCCAGGUUCCGGUGGUCAGUUCUCACAUCCGCCAGGUGUCUUGCCCCCUCAAGAUGAUUGCCCCAGACCUCAAAGGCCACCUUGAUGGCCAGUAGUUCUCGCUCCCACACGGUAUAGUUACACUCUGCCAGAAGAAGCUGGCAGGAAUAGUAGGCGCAGAGUAACAGCAGCGCAUCAGGACCGUGCUGCUGGGACAAGACAGCACCGAGAGCCGUACUGGAGGCGUCGGUCUCCACCACGAAGGGACAAGAAGGAUUAGGAUGCUAUAAAAGUGGCGCCCUCUGGAGACAGGCUUUCAACCCCUGAAACGCCACCUCUGCCUCCUUGUCCCAGGAGAAUGGUGUCUUGGGGCACAGCAGUCGGGUCAGCGGGGUGGCGCGGUGAGCAUAGUCCACAAUGAAGGUUCAGUAAUAGUUGGCGAACCCCAGGAACCGCUGUAGGUCCUUGCGCUUCCGGGGUGCCUGUGAGAAGAACCUGAGCUUACAGGGUUAAACAGCUCAGACUGUACGCCCUGCCUACUAGUGGGAGGGGGGAAAUGCUACGUCAGUUCCGAGAGACUAAAGUCUUUGUUCUGUCUCUCUACUUUCGCUUUAGAGGAGAGAGGACGUGUUUUCGCGAUGCUGUUCGCUGUGAUAGAUAAUGGAUAGCCUGCUGUAAAUAAAACUGCUUUUAGCUGCUAAGAUCCUGUGUGGACUUUAUUUAAGCACACUGAAGAAGGCACUGGAGUUUUUUUUUUGUUUCCUCUUACCGCUGUUGAAACUCUGCUAUGCUCAGAUGAGUCGGACUCUUGGAAUGCCGAGACUCUUGG